UGAUGCUAUGCGGGCACAGGAGAGGCUUAUCCACUCGCAGAAUAAUGUAUUCGCCGCACCCAAACAGCCCUCACUGAUAGCAGUUCGAUUUCAAUUUCUUAUCCACACCUCCUUCACUCCGUUGUCGUAGACAAGGUCCACUCCAGCCGUGGUUCUACUGCUUAUCAUCCUGAUCCUAUUCCUCUCCUUCGCUCUCUCUCAGUGUCAACAUCUUCAAUUCAUUUAGGUUUUCAUGGCGACGCCUUUCUCAACAAUCUCUGUUCGUUCCGUCUUCCAACCCAAACACAACCGCGCCAGAGCACUCCUCUCAUUACGAGAUUAUAAUGGAGGGUUAAAUUGCGUCAAAUGUGGGUUGAAUACGGCGCAUGUUUAUUCAUGGAACUCUGCUGCAAACUAUGUCAGACUCAAGCGGCAUGCCCUAAUGAUCUCUUCCCACGUCAUUGUUUCUGGGAGUCUGUUGAAAAACAGAAGAGGAGUUGUGAAGGCUGCAACUAUCGAAGAAAUUGAAGCGGAGAAAACCUUGAUUGAGAAAGAUGUAAGAUCAAGGAUGGAAAAGACUAUCGACACAGUUCGGUCUAAUUUCAACUCAAUUAGGACCGGGAGAGCAAACCCUUCAAUGCUCGAUAAGAUUGAGGUGGAGUAUUACGGCAGUCCAGUUAGCCUGAAGAGCAUUGCCCAAAUUAGUACACCUGAUGCCAGCUCUCUCUUGGUCCAGCCAUACGAUAAAUCUAGCUUAAAGUCAAUAGAGAAGGCCAUAGUCAACUCUGACUUGGGAUUGACUCCAAACAAUGAUGGAGAGGUCAUACGGUUAACUCUCCCUCAACUUACAUCCGAAAGAAGAAAGGAGUUGUCCAAAGUUGUUGCAAAGCAGGCAGAGGAAGGGAAGGUGGCAGUUAGGAAUAUAAGAAGAGAUGCUUUGAAAGCCUAUGAAAAACUCGAGAAGGAGAAAAAACUUUCAGAAGAUAAUGUAAAGGACUUGUCAAGUGAUUUGCAGAAACUAACUGAUGACUAUAUGAAGAAGAUUGAUGUCAUAUACAAGCAGAAAGAGAAGGAGUUGUUAAAGGUGUGACCAAGAGCAACGAUUGAGAGAAGUUCUCCUGAUGGUGUGAAUUUUUAAAUUGUAUUUCAGGAGUUGUUGAAGGUGUGACCAAGAGCAAACGAUAGAGAGAAGUUCCCGGUGUGAAUUGUGAAAUAUCACAUCUCUGGUUUUUCCAAGAAUAGAGUUUUAAAAAUCUCAUUGUUAGAAUCAAACCCCCAUUUAUUUUUUUUCUUUUUCUUUGGUUGAAAUGAGAUACACCGCCUUAUGGGAAAUGGUAAAUAUCUCAAAUCUCUCACUCUGUACAUUGAAACUGGAUAUUAUCAUCACUCACACAUUUUGAUUCUCA